GAAGUACGCCAGUCCAUUCUCAAUCCGUGUUCAGUGAUACGCUAUGUUCAACUCUCCACUCUCCAGGCUGAGAGAUUUUUAAUUUGAACGCGUAUUCGACAUCGUAUUACGUUCAAUCGGUCCGUUUCGUCUCGCUUUUUGACAGUGGUUACACGAAUUUGACAUGGACCUCAUACAAGAUCACUUCAUAAGAUCUGGGAAUGCCAUGGGUGAGCCCAACUUCAUGCCACAACAGCCUCAGCCGAUACAGACUCAGCAGAGCCCGUCUCAAAUUUCGAAAAGAGAAGAACACAUAAAAAGGCCCAUGAACGCGUUCAUGGUAUGGUCUAGGCUGCAACGACGAAAAAUCGCCCAGGACAAUCCCAAAAUGCACAACUCCGAAAUAUCGAAGAGAUUAGGGGCUGAAUGGAAGCUGCUAACGGAAAACGAAAAACGGCCUUUUAUCGACGAAGCUAAAAGGCUGAGGGCGAUGCACAUGAAAGAACAUCCCGAUUACAAAUACAGGCCGAGACGGAAAGCCAAAACUGGAGUGAGGAAGGACGGCUACCCUUAUUCCAUGCCGUAUCAAUCUGUACCUAUUGACGCCCUGCGGCCAGGGAUGGGAAGCGCUCAGAUCUCGCCGUAUUACAACCCUGCUGCUUACAACUCGUUGAACGCAGCCAGCAUAGCAGCAGCAGCAGCGGCCGCCGCGGUCGCACAGCAGUCUGUUCCUUCUACUGUCACCAGCUCACCAAGUAUGGUUACUUCUAUGGAGGCGAUGAAAUAUUCUGUCGAGGAAAAAUACAGAAACGCUUACGCAGCCAGUGGCCACUUUCCAGGCUAUCCUGAGCCGGCUAAGUACGCCCAGGAUUACAAGACGAGUUACAACUACUUGGACCCGGCCAACUUCACAAAGGCGUACUUCGAAUCCGCGAAGAGCAUGUACCCCGGGGACAUGUACCAGGGACCGCCGGCCGACCCCGGCAAGUCGUUCCCGCACCAGGAGCCCAUCAAACAGGAAAACGGGUCGACCGCAUCACCGGAAAGGCCCGAACAGGACUCCUCCUCUUCUUCUUCGGGCGCUGGGUCGCCCGGAGGCGUCCCACACUUAUCCUCCUAUUAUCCGACUCCCCUUCCGCCGAAUUACCACCCUUCUUACGGGCACCCUCCGCCCGCUUCUCCUCAGGAUUACAGGCGGCCGCUUACCGUCAUCUUCUGACCUCACCGUCUUUGACUCACGCCUCCUUCCGACUUCAAUUGAUUUCUCGCACUUCUGCACCUUUCUCCUACGAGGUUUAAUCGUCUAGAUAUAAUAACAAUAGUUUAGAGAACCUGUGCCAUAAAUAUGUCAUAAAUAAUAAACUAUACGUUUUAUUUUGUAAAUAGAUGUAACUGUGAUUUAAAUAAUUGGAGAUUAGUUUAAGUCUUUAGUUGAUAUUAUCACUGGCCAUGUUCCUACCGCAGAAGUGAUUAUAUAGGUCUUUAUUUGUGACUGUAUUUUCGGCGGUUUACUUUUAUCAAAGAUUUGUGUUGUUAUACGAUUUUAUUGUCGACUCAUGGGACGUUCCUAAUGUAAUAAAGUACGACGAUUUGUUUAAAAAUAAACCAUCUCAAAAAAUGUU